CAGAGAAGGUGGAUGAUCCCAUGUCCAUCCCUGCAGAAAUAACCCUCCCAGCCGUAUGUGGGAAGACAGCCCAUGUCCAGUAUGGAGCCAGGGCAAGCUCCCUGGGGAAAAACAACAUGGACAACACACCUGCAAACUCCCCGAAAGGCACCCUUGAUAGACCAGAGACACCAGCCAGACAAUAUCUACAAAUUGUCAAGUGUGAUCUCACAUCUGGGAGACAACAUGUAUACAGGCCACUACAUCAGUGAUGUUCUGGACAGCCGUGGCAGUGGGUGGCUCUGCCUGGAUGACGCACAUGUCUUGAGGACAGAUGAGGCCACUGUGCUGAAGGCGAUUACACAGACUGCCUACAUCCUGUUCUAUGUCUGCAGGUAAGGCACUAGGCCACAAAUUUGAGAAGAAUGUCACAAAUGGAGUCAAUGACGACAAUGAGUCAUCAAGAAAAAAAAAGUGUUUACCAAAGCUGGAAAGAUGAUUUAUUGACCACGCAUUAA